UUACCCCGCAGAAGAAGAAUUUAAACCCGGUUGAUGAAGUCAACGAGCUGUUUUAACUUUCGUCCGGUUGGCCGGUAGGUAGCAAAGCUGAAUUGUCUUCAAACAAACUACCACUCGUAGUGUUGUAGUCAUGGCCGACAUCAGUGGAAACAACAGCCCCCGAGCUGAAGACAACGAUGACACCAAUUACCGAGAUGUCUCUGAGCCUGCGCCCGGGACGAACCCAUCGGCGUUUCCUGCUCGUCACGAGCGGAAUAAAAAAAUAAUCCUACAUGUGGACCUCAAUAACACCAUUCUGGUGUCAGACGCAGUAACGUGCCAAGGGACAGUGGCUGCCCUGGAUUAUUUUAUGACGACUGUCACUUGGGGCAAAAUGAGCAAAGGCAAGUGGGAAUGGUUGAGUAACUCUCCUUCCCUGCUUCCACCAUGUGACGAUGCCAUCAACUACUACUCUCAGUUUGGAACUACUCCUGGGUUCACCUCUGCUGCAGGUAGAUGCUUUCGUGGGAUUCUGGAGGAACAUCUUAACUUGCUGCGCUGGCCUGAGGGUGUAAAGGGAGACCGAGAGCUGACAAUAAAGGCGGAGGAUGGACGACUCUACCACUGGAUCCUUCCUUCCUUUUUCCAGCUGCUCAAAGACCUGACGCAGCAAGGGACCGAGUUUGCCGUCCACUUUCGUACGUUUGGAAGUGACCUACCUCGUGUGCUAAAUGCUGUAUCCAAAGCACUGACUCAGGGCGCCCAUCCCCUGUUUCCUGAUCUCCCUGAUCUGAAGUUAAAUGUGAACAAGACACCAGGCAAGAUCCGCUGCAGCCCGAAAGGGGUUCUUCUGACCAGAGGCGCAGAGCGACUGUCGACCCGUGACGGAGAGAGAGGGCUGUACCAAUUCUUUAGCAGCGCAAAUGGACUCGGAGGCUUCCAGGAUGACUAUGAAUGGUGGAUGACUAAAACGUUCUCCAUCCAGGGUGGGAAGCCGUUGUGGGUGGAUCCCUUUGACAAGCACGUUCAACACAUCUUCAUAGAUGACAACAUACGACAGAAUGAUGAGGAUACUGUCGUGCAUCCCAAGGUUUUCAUUGAGCAAGACGGCUCGGACACUCGCACAGCCUGCAUCUCGGAGCUUUAUGACAUCACCUUGAUCCAGACAGACCUCCUCAAGGCCAUUUCUGAGCCGGACUACUUCACCCGCCGUGUACACAUCUGUCAGACGAACUAUGAGAGAAAUGUCCAGCAGGGGUCGGCCUAGAGCAUAGCUGAGUGUCCUCUCUUAAUCACGUGUCUGGUCUCAACAACUCCAUAUCAGGUUAUCAUGAUCUCAGGGCUGUUGGAAUUUCAUGGACGGAAAUGUUACUUUCUUAAAGAAUGACUUUUAUGUUUUUAGAUAAUAUAUAGCUUAUUAAAGAAGCAAUACACUCUGAAGAGAUUGUAAACAGUAUUUGGUAAAAUUAUUAUCCUGGCCGUAGUAAGAAAUAUAUGUAUCAUAAUCAUAGUUACUCAGUGCAAUAGCAAUCGCCAAAAAAAAAAAAAAAAGACAGUCGACAUGAACAUACAUCUGCAAGCUGUCAAUUGCAGGUCGAAGCAUCUGGUGGCACUGUAACCUUUAGCGCUUCCUUUCACCGAAGGCCAUUUCAUCCAGUCAGCUCAGGUGAAAAGGAAAAAUAACCACAUUGGCAAAUUGAAGAAAGACUACAUAAGCAGCUUGAUUGAGUUGAUGAAUGGAAUUAAUGUCACACUUGAGUCUUGCCCCUUUCCAAUGGAAAAACAAUCUCCUAGGUUUUUUAUUAAAAAAACAAAAACAAAAACAGCGUUCCUAUUUAAUUGCAAAGAAAAAACCUGGCGAUUUACUUGCUUUUUAGUUAAGAAAAGGAAUAGUAAUAAAUUAAACUAUCUUCACCAGUAAAAUGCUGUAAAUUAAUGCCGGGUAUUAGCAGAACACAAGCAUCCUACUUUGAGACGUGGAUUUCCCAUUUUGAAUAAUUAGUCACCAAAUUGGCAGCACGGUGAAUGACUGGUUAGCACAUCUGCCUCAGAGUUCUGAGGACCGGGGUUCAAAUCUUUUGUGGCCCAACAAAUAAAAGCUCUAUCCUAGAAACUGCACAAAUAACAAACAAAUGUGCAGAUUCCAGGAUAGAGAUUUUUUGCAGUGGGGUUAUUUACCUGAACAUCAUCUGCAUUAUAAUGACUAAAGUCAGCCAUAUGCAGGAGGUGGGUAUCAAUUAAGGUAUUUAAUUUGGUACUAAUCCAAAUUAGGGUUCUUUGGCCUUGACUCAGUCAGCACUCCACUGUUAGCUGCUUGCAUCAGGUCCCCUCCAAUGCAAACAUUAAUCUUGAAGAUACUGGGUUACUGCUAUUUAAUAUUUGCUUUUACUGUAUGGCUUCAGUUUGGGGCAUUUUGAAUGCUUGUUGGUGGAAAAAUGAGUGCAGUUAUUUAUGACUGUUUGACGGUGGAAACAUAUAUUUUGAAUAUCUUUAAAUGGUGGUGAAUGCCUUUCAAAAUUCUAAUCAAUUUGCAUCUCAUUCAAAGUACUGUAUAUUGUUAAUGCCGUUAUACAUGCAGAACAUUAACAUUUAACCAUAUGAAACAUCAAUUUGACUGCGUCAUCAGUUAUUAAUCACUUUUUGGAUGCUUCUGUUACAUCAAACUGAUUAGAUAUGAUCAACUGAUGUCAAAUAAAAAUUGGUGAAUCAAACAUUUAAAGUUAAAUGUUGUGACCAUUGCAAAAUAUCAGUUACCCAUAAACAGGAUCUUGAUGGAUGCGUGUGAUGUGACUGCCUCAAGUCCUGUGGGGUUUCAUUAGAAGGUCCAAAAGAGCCAUUAAAUGUACUCUGCAUUUCAUUCAGCAUUUAACAAGUAUGUUUUAUUUUGUAAUACAUUCCCAGACAAGUAGUUCUUAUUCAACAAAAUGUAUCAGUUUCUGUUGGAAGCCUAAAAGAUUCCAAAUCUUAAAGGGGACAUAUUUUUGCCAAGAGGGCUGAAACCAGGUGAUUCAAAUUUCUCAACCUUAUUUACGUCACUAGAGAAGCUCUCUGCCUUCCUUUCCGCUCCCGAGCCAGCGCUGUCAACAUAACAAACACAUUUCCUCUCACAAGUGGUUCUUCGACACGGAGGCAACCAAUUAGGAAAGGGGUGGUCUUAGUCAAAUAUGCACAAAGCAGAUACAAAACUGGGUCAAACGAGUAGCUGACAGAAGGGCCUUUUCUGGACCCUCGUAUGACAAAACCAAGGUGUUUUUGUAAAUGAAAUUGACAGUUUUAUACAAAGUCCAUGUUAGUGAGUCAUUCUAUGGAGGUCUAAAAUAGCCAAACUACAGGACCUUUAAAGCUUUCGGCAGACAUGUUUCAGUGAGUGUUCAAUGAGGCAUUUCUGAAUUUCCUGCAGCGUGUGUGUAAUUGAGAGUUUCAUUAAAGAGGAGUCUGAUGGAUUAGCGAA